AUGAAGCUGGAGCGUUCUUCGAGCAGCAGCACGCCGUCCCCGCAAGCGGUCGGCGGCGCGUCCAUGUCGCCAACAGCCGGCACGAGAGUGCGAUGGUCCCACCGGAACAGCGCGUUCUGUCCGGUCCGGUCAGCGGUCGCCGACGUACCCGGUCCCGAAAUGUCGUUUUCGGCGGCCGGCCAGCUGCAGAUGCCGUACGGAUUCAUGCCGAUGCCGCCGUACCUGUGGCCGCUUAUGUUGCCGUAUUCUCCGCUGACCGCCGCGGCCGCGGCCAGCAGCCAUCACCCGCUCGGCACGAGCCAGCAACUGCACCAUCAACAACAGCAACAGCAACAGCUACUACAGCAACAACAGCUGCAACUACGUCUCCAACAACAGUUCUCGCCGGACAGGGCCAGCGUGGACGCGGCCGGCCGGACGCCCGAAAAGGCCAAGUUCGGUAAGUUUUUGAAUUCCUGUAUAAACUUUGGGUGUGUGAGAGGGAACGAUACAUACAACGUUUUAUUCGUUUUAUUGAUAUAUAAAACGGAAUUCAUUUUUUCAAAAAUCGAUUUCAAACGAAUUUCUUAUUGAAACUCGAUAUCUAUAAUUAGAAAUUGGAUGUUGACCUCUAAAAAAGUACGAAAAAUCAAAAGAAAAACACAGCUGAUACUGCUGAUGGAUGCACUAUUGUUGUAUGUUGGAACUUGGGAAGGUAGGAUACAUAAAGCUAUUUAAUUUAACUGAAUAAACUGUUGCUAAUAAAAAACGAUUUGGAACAAAGUUCAUUUAUACAUGACCAUUUGAAAGGCCGUAAUAUUUAUGAUUUUCAUCAAAAUUUGACAUUGUAAUUCUUAUAAAAAAAAAUACUACAUACAUUAAACUCAACUUUUGUUGACCACUAAGUACAACUUAUAAUGAACUUCCUGUUAAAUUUGUAUGUAUUUUUGUUUGAUCUGACAAUUUUAUCCAUAACCUACCGUAUAAAAAUUACGCAAAAAUCUCACAAAAUAUUUGUCUAUAAAGAGCUUAAAAAUAACUACAAAAAAAUAAGAACAAAUAUUUCGAAAAUUUUAGACGUCUAGAAAAGUAAAAUUUAAGUAUUUCUCCGAAAUUUUGAGUUAUUACAAACAUUUUGAACUGGAUAACAACAAAAAAGCCAAUUUGAAAUAAUAAAAAUAUUAUUUUCGUUAAUUUUUCUUUUUUUCCCAGACUUUUUCCCGGUUUUUCACAAUUAUUAUGAAAAUUGCUUGGAAAAUCAAAAAAAUGACUUCUCUAAAGUACCAACUAAAUAAAUUUCCCUUUUAAAAAAGAUGCUACACUUAAUACAUCGGAGCAAGGUUUCACUGGUAGAAUUUUUGUACACAGUAUAAACGAAAAAAAAAAAAAAUUAAACAUCAUUGUAAAACCAAUAAAAUAUUCCUCGUUUCGCUCAGAAUCUAAAAUGCAAAAUAAAAUGUAUAUAAUAUACUGAAUUUACGAAGCACGAAACGAAUUUUCAAUUAAGGUAGCAUUGUAUAAUAUAAAAGGGGGAAAAAAUGCAAAUCAUCAACAUCCUAUCUCUAAUUAUAAUAUAAUAAUGAAAUAUCAAGUGGCACAGAUUUCUGGGAAUAGUGGAGGCAAAUGCCCUCUGAAAUAAUUUGAGAGUAAAUAAGUGUGUAAAUAGUGGGUACUUCGUAGCUGGUAGGUAGCAAGUACUUACUUGGUGAUUAAUGUAGUAACGUACGGAUUAACUUAUGAAACUAUAUAGUGACUAAUGACCUAGUUUAUACCUAGUUGAUACCGAGUUUAUGAACCUGACAUACAUAUAAAUAAUGAUAUACAACUAUUGAUGCGUUUUAUACGUCCAGACCUUGGUCUUCUCUUAAAUACACUUAAACGUUAAUUUGCAUAGAAAUAUACACGGUUCUAAAUUCUAAAUGUUUAAUGCUUUUUUUUUUUUUUUUUAUUGUUUGUUUGUUAUAUUGUAACAAACAUAGGUUAUUUUUUAAAUUAAAUGAGUAAUAUAUAUUUUUCAUAAAUAUUGUUUGGCAACUUUGUAUUUAGUGUGUAUUGAAUAAUUUGAUAUUUCUGAAAUCGUACUCUGAUAAAUUAUAGAUCCCUCAAUUAUUAGUGUAAUACCACAGUAUUGCACCAAUGCGUGUAAUAUAUGUGGACGAGUGGAUGGUAAUUUUCUAAGUUUGUCCCUAGUAAAAAAAAAAAUUAAAAACUAUUUUUGUCAUUAGUUGUUUAUACCGUUUAUCCGCACUCUUGUUUGUCCACUCUAUAUCCAUAUUUUCCGAAAUGAAAAAAACGACGUAAUUUUUGAGUUAGGAAGCAUUUACAAAUAACUCGUGCAAUUUUUAGAUAAGAACCGUACGUAUAUAUAUUAUGCCUACAGUGAAUUUUACUAUGAAGUCUAUUAUUUGGUUUUUAUUUAUUUUUUUUUUUUUUUUUUUUAUACUGCUUACAAAAAUUCUACCAAAAACUUGUUCUGAUUUUCAAGUGUAAUACUUUUUCUGAAAGGGGAUUUACCUGGGGUGGUACUUUAGGGAGGUAAUUUUUUGAUUUUCUUAUGGGUUUUCUAAAUAAAAAGGAAAAUUUACGAAAAUAAUGCUUUUAUUAUAAUUCAGUGAAUAGUAUUCAUAAAUUCUUGACAUUUUAACAGAAACCUCAUAUUUACCUUUUAUAGACAUGGUAAACAUUUUAACACAUUUGAUCCAUUUUUAAGACAUUUUAAUUUUGCGAGUUUUUUACGUAAUAUUUAUUCGGUAGAUACUCUGUGGAUAAAAUUAUAUGAAUAAAACGUCUCACCUACAAUAGUGCGAAGAAUUUCAGUUUUUAUUUUUAUUUGUUUAAUGCUGAUUUAUGAAAUACAUAACCCUCGCGGUUAGGUACGUUCAUCUUUCGCCUCUUGUCAAUCAUCUUCAAAUAUUUCUCGAUUGGUAAACAAAUUGACAGAGGUCUGUCCAUUUGUAUAUGCCUACACGUAAAUAAACAUAUUUAGUAAUCAUAUCGUGCAUAUAGGCUGUACUCCAGCGAGUGUUCUUCGUUUUGAACGUUCACACAUUAUAUUGCUCGUUUCGUCGAUUUUAUACUGGUAUUAUUAUUUACUUAUUAUAUUGAAACGUUUAAAAAAGAAUCUUUUUCGUAUUUUCACCGAUUGAUUGUACUUAUAUACGAUUUAGGUAUGCCUUAUUCGCGGUACAACCCUCGCCCGCUCGUGUAGUACUGUUAAAAAGAAAUUUACAAGCACUGCGUGGAAAUUUAUUUUAUAUAGGUACAUGGCACGUAUCUAUAUAUAUAAGAACAAAUAUUAAUAAUGUAAAACUGAGACUUGUCUACACAGUGUAAAUUAUAGUUCGCGACAAAUCGCGUGUCCCUUGUAUAUGCCGCGACGACGGCGUACAGUUAAUUCGUUUUAAAUUGACAUAUAAUUUGAACUUAUUUUUUUAAUAUGCACAAUAGGAAAAAAAAAUACAUAUAUAUAUAUAUAUAUAUAUAUAAUGAUCUCCCCCAUAUGUAUGACACUUAUUGUGUUCUACAAUACCUAUAUAAUAUUGUGCACCAAGUGGAUUAUCGAUUUUUUUGUUUUUUUUUUCGAAUAAUAUUAAAACAAAUAUUGGUAUAUAAUAAUUGGAGUUUGUUUAUAUCCAACACUGGAAGAAAUAGUAAAAUAUCUGUAAUUUAUAUGCAUAGAUGCAUUUUUUAUUGUAACAAUUGACGCUUCAUAAUAUUAUUAAGAAAUUACCGUACAGGGUCGUUUACAAGAUGACUUUUUACUAACAACUAUAUUAUAGUAAGCGAUAUUUCUGCUAAAACAUAUAAAUACAAAAGAAUCGUGUAAUUUCGUGAGCUACUCUAAAAUGUAUAGUCUAAAUUCGCAUAUAAUUACCGAAUAAUUACAUUAAUGAUUUUGUUAUAAAUCUCAGAUUUUAUAUACCUACCUGUAAAAUCCGUAAUAUUCAAUUUUCUCAUUUUACCUAUAUAGUUUUCAUAAAUAUUAUUAUUAUAUUAUACAUGACAUUUUACUGUCGGUGUCACAAAAAAAUGUAAAUACUGACUUUUAAUAAUCAUCAUUGAUCAACAUUAAACAAAACACGAAAAGGUAAAAAAAAAUAUUUAGUAUGCAAUUUUUAUUUCCCCGUAAAAAUAUCUUUAUUUAAUGUUAAUUUACAGUGUACUGGGACAGUUCAUCGAGUCAUUUAAACAAACCGUUAACUGUUAUUAUAAUAUAAACAAUAAGUACACCCGUGCAUAGGCAACAUGAAUAGUAUAGGUAUGUAUACACAAUUCAAUUUUAAAACCACGCAUCAUUAUGUUUUUUAGUCUCAAACCAACUAUAUAACGACAGAAUAUUAUAAUACUAAUGGUAUAAUUUUGCGUUCCCGUGUAUAAAACGUACGAGUAUAUUAUUAUAUAAUAUCGAGUCCACUGGUCGUGACUUAUUGCCAACACGGUUUGUCCCACCGUUAUAAUAUUAUAGUGGUUGUUUUUGACCAUUAUUAUUAUAAUACCCGUUACAGGGGAAUAUUAUAUUGUUGUUAUUUACAUUUUUGUAUGGUUUUUACCACUAGCGCAGUGCGUAUUUUACAUACAUUACGUAUUUAUGUAUAGUAAUGUUGUGCACUGCCCCGUCGAACACCCGAUAUCCCGAUAAUGUAUACAGACGCUUGAACACUGCAGCGAUACUGCAUAAUAUUCUUCGGGCGGCGUCUGAAAUAUUGUUUUAGAUUCCGAGUGUAACGUUUCACUGUAAUGGUGUAUUUGUUUUUUCGUUUUAUUAUUAUUAUUAUUAUUUUUUUUUUUUUACGCGUGUGUACGCAACUUUUCUACCGGAAACCUCGCUCCAAACCGACAACGGCAUACGGGUUUCACCGUAGCAUUUCGGAUCUAGUUGGCGCUGCACUUAAAAAAAUGUCCACCUUUUGAUUUCCCUUUUAGUUUUUCCAAAUUGUAUUCGGGAAAAACCGCGAAAAACGCACACGGGGGAAAUCGGAAAAGUCGCCGGAAUAAUAAAGUCGCGCUACAACCGCAGCGCGAUUGAUCGCGUAAUAGAGACGACGAUAAUAACGCGGCGGCUGCAUUACCGUCCGCAACGAACGUUUAUUGUUUCAGCGUUUAUGUCAUUAUUGCGCCGCAUUAUGAAUUAUGUAGGUAACUCGCUCGGACGGCGGCCGUGGCGUGUGCGGUACGUGUGUUACACCCAAUAUAGCCGACGGCUCGAAGAUACAGUGCCCGGUUGUUGUGUGAUACGGCGACAACGCGACACCUGCAAUUGUGAAAUCAUAUUGUUUGCCCUUACCGCGACGUCUCGUCCGCGCAAUAUUAUUGUUGUUGCGACUGUUGUGCAUUGGAAAAAAUGAAAAAAAAAAAAAAAAAAAAUCGUCGGCGCGUUACAAUAUUUACCGUCCCUAUGCGCCCGGAAAACACGAGAAAACGAUUGUACGCGGUUUAGUAACAAUGCCGUUUCCGCCGAACGUUUUUUCCAGUUGACGGUGGCAAAAGCAAUUAAAAAAAAAAAAAAAUUAAUAAUAAUCGGCGUGUUGAUCGAAAACGACGACAUAUUACGUGUUUUUGGCGUAAAACGUAUACGGCAUCGAUAAAACCGACGUUUCGGCCAUCCAGAUUUCGCCAUAAAUCGAUUAUAGGCUCGUCGAUUUAUCGCGUGGUAAAUUAAAUACGUCGCGGGGCGAAGGGAGGGUGAGUUUCCCUCAAACAAUCGGGGAGCCCGCAGUUUCAUGUUCGAUAACAAUAUUAUUUCAGUAGAUAUUAUAAUAUUAUAUUACCUGCUGUUGAAAAAAUUAAAUACAUACAUACGUAGAUAUUAUAAACUGUAUGGUGAUAAUCGGAACAGGUUAAAAAAAUAUUAUAGUAAUAUUUUUUGAUGACAUUUCCGAUUCCUAUAUAUAUAUAUAUAUAUAUACCUACGCCUAUACCUAACAUACAUCGUGUGAAUAUAAUUUUGUAUAUAUUAUGAAAAACCGACUGCAAAUAUUUCAGAUGAAGUGUCUGAAUCGCCGUUGAACUUGUGCAUCAAAAAACGGAGUCAAGAAAUUUGGUCGCCCGGAAGUCUGUGCGAAAAAGAAAUGUCGCCCGUACUGUCGCCCGUUGUCCCGAAAACUUUUACCGACAAUAACGUGUUGGGAGUAGAAAGGUCUUUCCAGGUAUAUAUAAUAUAUGAACAUAUAAAACACAGACAAAUAUAUUUAACACAGCACGCUAUUUUUUUUCAUAAAUUUUUAUUUUACUUAACGCACACACAAAAAAAAAAAUCACGUAUAUAAUUUCUCUUAUUUUUUCUACUUUUUUUUUAUACACUACAAUAGUUUUAUUUCACUCAGCAGUACACAUCACUCGCGCUGAUUUUUGUACAUAAUUAUAAUGCAAUUGUUGUUUUCACGUUUUAUGAUUAUUAUUAUACGCAUACAAUAUUUCAGUUUUUACUAAAAUAUCUAAACCGACGAGACGAAGUACGUUUCACGACGAUGUGCUAAUGUAUCCGAAUUAAAAAUUUCCAAAUCGCCUAAUUGAAAGGCGUGAAUUCAGAUUAACCGGAGUCCCAUUAAACAUUUCUAUAGGUAGGUAAAGCGGGGAUCCCAUCCAUGAAAAACAAAGUGAUAAGUUUGAAUCCCUGCGUGUUGUAUAGAAUCGAGAUAAAAUUAAUUUUUACUUCUGCGAACUAUUUGAAUUACGCACUACGAGGAGGUUGGCUUGUGGAAUUCAAAUUUUAAAUCGAGCUUUUUUUCCUCAAAAAACUUGGUUGAAAAAUAAACCACAUUUCAAGAUAAAAUUAUAAUGCCUAUUAAACAAACACCCGUAUAGGUAUAGUUGUUGUAUUUACGCAUUGAAGUCGAUUGAGGGGGGAGAACUAUGACCCCUAAUCUGUACCCAUGUCCGCACUCCGCUGGACUAGAUUUUGCCUCCGACGCCCGCACGACGAACCGCGGGUAUUUCGCGAGGUUAUCCCGGACGUAUUUUUCUCGGUUGAAAUAAUAUUGUUAUCUGCGGUGCGGGCGGUAGCAGUUUACAAUAAUUGUAUCGCCAUUUGUUGCCAACGGUUUCGUGACAUCAUCCUAACAAUGUUAUUAUCCAUUUUAUUAUUAUUAUAUUAUCGUGUGUCGUCGCCGGAAGACCGUGCGAAUAUCUCACGAGCAUUAAAAAAAAAAAAAAAAACACACACACGCACACUAUCAUUAUCGUGUUUUGCUCGUCAGAAUUCCGCGGUCGGUUUCGUUUGACGCUGCGACAAAUUGCAAUUAUACAGGAACGGGAAAUACAUUCUGUAUUACGCUAACUUAUUGAUGGACUUUUACAAUGGUAAAUUAGGUGAAUUUAUUUUUAACGUAAUAUAAUACAGUACACACUACACGGCGACAAAUUGUCAUUUUUUUUUUUUUAACCGUUUUUACGGCCAUCGAAUCUUGUAUCUGAUAAUCAUAAUAACGUAUAACGUAUUUUAUAAUACGUUAAAACAUUAAAUUGUAUUAAAAACAGCGGUUUUGAAUGUUUUGCAUGAAAUACAAAUAUCGUUAAUUACCAAUAAUUACAAUAGUGUUGGAAGGCAACGAUUAUAAUUUAGUUUUUUAAAAGAUGUUUACGUUUUACGUGUUUUUCACCAGAAAUAUCGCUACAAUCGGAAAAUGUUUUUUUUUUUUUUUGAUUUUCAAAGUCGUUUUCAUAAUAAUAUUGGAAACAAUCGGGAAAAAACGUAGUAAGAACAGACAAGUUUUUUUUCUAUAACUCAAUUAAAAAUAUCCGUAGAGACUUCGUAUUUUGGUGAAAAACAUAUAUUUUUCUUUUUUUAGACGUGGUGAAAUUUUCAAUAUAUUUUGACGAUUUUUGAGCUAGGCCUAUUAUUUUUGUGAAUUUGUACGUAGUUUAUAUUUCGUAAAUAGGUUUUGAUCGGAUAUAUUUGGUUUUAGUUUCUUUUCUGAUCAUUAUAAUAAUAUUAUACCAGUAAGAAUCGUAUAUUAUGUUCUUGUUUUUAGAAUAUAUUUUCUAAAUAUUACCCACUUAUUCCCCGCACGACCGCAUACCGUAUAUUAUACAAGAAACGACCGCAUAUACAAUUGUUAAUUUUUUUUGGUUAUUUAAAAUUUAAACCUGUGCAAUAUAGGGCGGCAAUGCGCGGAUAAGAAUGUACACCUCUUUAUAUUUACUCGUAAAUCCGAUACUCGUUCGCGUAUUAUUAUGAUGGCAUAGGUAAUGUUUUAACUUUUUGUCGACCUUUUUGGUCAGCAAAAGCGGAUAGCAACAUAUACGCAAGUCAUUAAAAUUACGUUUCAACGCGUCCAAACCGAAAACCAUAUAUUAUAAUAAUAUAUAAUAUGAGUAUUAUUAAUUAUAUGAAACACGCUGCCGCGCAUUAAUUAUACUCAAACAAUUGGGAUGUAUACAUAUAUAUAUAUAUAUAUAAUUAGCCCACUUAAAAACCGGCCGUGUCUUGCAGGAGCUGAGCCCGUAAACGACACGCUGUUAUUAAUUCGACGCAAUAAACGCGUCGUGUCUUAAGAAAGGGUCACCGAAUUAACCCGUUUCACAAAAAGAAUAUAACGGCGCGUAUAGUCUAUUAUUUAUUAGUAUUAUUGCCCCGUAUAGGUUAUAAUAUUUUCUUCGUGUUCGUAUACACCGUAUAGUAAUAUAUCGUCGUCUGACAUAUUUAUACUUUUUCUUUGUUUUUUGUUUUUUUUUUUUUUUUUACCGUUCGGGACGUUUGAAAAUGGUUUUGUUUUUUUCUAUUUAAUCCCACGAAAACGGGCCGUUCUCUGUAUCGAUGAAUUCGCGAUCGUAUUAAUGAAGUUCGCCGGAACGCCAUUAUGAUAAUAAUCACACGCGGUCGUAACAUUAAGUGUUUACAUAAAACUAUUUUUAUUUGAGUUUAAACAAUUAUCGUUAUAAAAUAUAAACUAUUACGGUUAAUUGGUGAGAAUUUUUUCAAAAAUUGUUUACUCUCUCCCCCCAUCAUUUCGAAAUUCUUGCUACGCCACCAGUUUUGACGAUACUGUAUAACAGCGUAAGUACCUAUAGCAAACAAUUUAGUAAACCGUUGACCGUAAACACUGCAUGGCCAAAACUCGAUGGUUUAGACACAAUAUAUAGAUAUUGUCGUUCAAUUAUUAAAUAUACAUUUUUUUUCUUUACGGCCCUUCUUCAGUAUAGAUAUUAUAAAGUACAAAAUCGUAUAAAUAAUUUCGACGAUGGCAUGCGAUUUACGAUGGCUAUUUAACAUGAUCACUGAAAUACGGUGUUUUUAUAUUAUGCGUUUACUGUAUUAUAACAAUAAGCGAGAGCCGUAAAAUUAAACGAGGGCUAAUUACAGUCGACUGCUGCAGUCGUACAGUCAUUGAUAAUAUUACCCGAAACGAUAAUCGUGUUUCAGUUCGGUGCGGUUUUCCACGAGCCAGACGUACUGUAAAAAUACGACUUUUUUUCGUGAUAUAUCGUCGUAUUUAUCUAUACCGUCUCGUUAUACAUAGUAAAUUGAAAUCCAUAUAAUUCAGAGUUAUCAAUUUAUCACAAGCCACUCGUUAUCUCGGAAGUAUUAAUUUUUUACGGAAUAUAUUUCCUAGGAUAAUUAAAAAAAAAAGCUGCUCUACAAUUUUAUAUUUAUGUUUUUUUUACCACCUUUAUUUUUAGAGGUAAAACCACUUAUUACUUUUGAUUUUCAAAUAGCAACCUAUAUUAAAUCUAGAUUAGGGCCAGGGAUAUAACGUUAACCCUAAAAAUGGCACAAAAAAAAAAAAUACUUUUGUUCUAAAAAUCUUAAGUAAUUUCCUAAACAAUGAAAAAAAAGACUUUCGUUUGAUUAAGUUUGUAAUGCACGAAUACUUUAAUAGUUUUUCAAUCCUAAAAUCUGAAUUUUAGAUUCAAAACCCCUAAAGUGCUCUAAAAUAUGAAGAAAAUAACAUCUCGAAUUGCCCAAAUAAAAUGCUUUAUAUUUAUCUCGUUAAAAGUAAAAUACCCGAUACGCUGCAGUCUUUGCCAGAACAAUGCUAUGUGCAUUGAAAUCCAGCUUUAUAAUAUUUUAUUAAAACGUUGUUUUUGACUUGUGAAAAAUAACGUUGCGAAGAGUGUUCGAGACCACUAUUAAGUGAUUAAUUUCGAAGCGAAUUUGUAUUUUUUUUUUCAACUUUACGAACUUUACGAAAUUUUUUCGCGGUUUCUCGUGUACAUAAAUUAUUAUAAUAUCGGUGCAUCGUCUGGAAAUAUUCUCACCGUUGACACGGCGGAACGAUAAUAAAUUUCGCAUACCCAAUCUAUGUAACAACACGUGCUACAUUUGGCACGGGCCGAUUUCGCGCCGCUCGAAAACGCGUUUUAUACUUUAUAGUGCCUACCUAAUAAUUAUUAUCAUAGGUACAGGUGGUCGAGUUGCAUAUUAUUAUUAUCAGCGUUGCUAUAAUAUGAAAACCUGGUUUUUUUUUUUAAUUUUUGUUUAUAUACCACUAUCGUUUACUGCAUAAUAUAAUAUUCAUCUGUCGGGAAAUCGUGUAUGUAGUACAAAGACAUUGUGUUGUAUAAAAGCGGUCGUACAUUAAAACCGCAGCCGGGGGGAGAGGAGAGGGACAGUGAAGGGGGAAAUUGACGAUAAGUACCGGUAUGCGGGUGACACGAUACACAAGCCAUUAUUUUGUAUAUAAUAAUGUCCGGGCGCACAAUAAUAAUAUUGUAAUACCUAAUAUGUAAUAAAGCGAACUGUUAUAUGAUGUGCCCCGACCAGAAGCUUUGCUUUUUUUGGGGGGAGGGGAGGGUAUCGUUGUUACGUAUGUUGUUUAAAAAAAAUGUAUAAACUGCGUAUUCAUUGUCUUGUCUACUUUUCUACCCGGGAACCUCUUUCGGAUUUACUUCCACGAGUAUAGCAUAUUUUCCGAACGAAAAUCACGCGCAGUUAAUGUAGCCUUGUAGUUUUCUAAAUAAUCGUACAAAUAUACAGUAAUAACGGUAACAAUACGGUCAUAAUUCAUUAUAUUUUUUUUUAUGGUAAUUCAAGCUAAAAGAAAACUUGAAUUUUUCAUAAAAUACUAUAAUAUUAUAAUAUUAGCUUAUUUUUGUCGCUAAAAACGCUUAAAGGGCUUAAAAAAAAAAUUCUAAAAAAAAGCGGUAUUUUAUUUUGGUUUUUUUUUUAUUUUUUCCUCUACAGUGUAAUCUGUGUGGCAAAACGUUCAAAAGGUCUUCCACGCUGUCCACGCACCUGUUGAUCCACUCGGACACGAGACCGUACCCGUGCCAGUUUUGCGGCAAACGGUUUCACCAAAAGUCCGACAUGAAGAAGCACACGUACAUCCAUACCGGUCAGUAUAAUAUCAGUAUAAUAAUUUCAUAAAAUGAUUAAUAAAGACAAUUCAAGGUAGAAUAAUAAUAUCGUGUGCACGUUCCGUUUAAACUUUGUACAAACCGUCAAAUAUUUAAACUGUUUAAAUGGUGUAACGAAUUGAAAAAAAUACUUAAAAUGUCUUCUCGUCACUCCCGGAAAACAGCUUCAAAAGUAUUUAAAAUUCCCCAGUUCCUAAAGAGCAGCUAUAGGAAUGUAUUGGGAAUUCCACAAAAAUACGAUUUACCUAAGAAAUGCAUGUAAAAUUUCAAAAAAAAAAUCUACACUGAAAUGUCAAUAUUUUGAAAAUAGAUUAUUUGAAUAGAUAAAUCGUAUUAUAUUUUUAAUUAUUAUACCACCAGCCUUCGUAACUAUUGUAGCAUUUAUACAUAUAUACAUUUUUUUUUUUUGAUAAGUCCUAGGUAGGAAGCAAUUAAUUUGUUUCAGAUAUCCGAAAAGUAAUAUACAAAAUUUGAUGUCGCCUGUUUGCAAAGUCUGUAUUACGAAAUUUCGGUGUUAUUUUGAUACUUUUAUAUUUUAAACGGAAUUCGAUUAUUUUGUUUUCCUGUCCAAUAAGAACUAAAUUAGUAACUAAUUAUUAUUAAUUUCAGUUUUUCCGCAUUCAAUAAAAGCGCUGGGCAUUAUUUAACAUAUUAUGUUUUGGUAUUUUCGGAAUAAAUUUUUUUUUUUUUUUAUUUGUUAAUUUAUGGUUUACCUUGACGACGCGGAUGAAAAAACGAGUUGCUGUUAUUUUAUUUAAUUUUUACAGACAAGCGACGAGAAUUACCCCUUUAAAAAAAAAGGUAACUUAACCGGCAAAAACGAUUUACUGUGAUACAAAAAUAAAAGGUGGAAACGGGGAAAUAAAAUCGAAUUUCUAUUAUUUUGAUUAAUUGUUGUUUGUUUAAAAGGAUUGAGCUCGAGAACAAAUACCGGACAAUAUUCAGCUGUAUUUGAAUAGGUAUCUAAUAUACUAGAGGUAUUUAGGUAAUUAGCCUGUUGGAUCUUCUUCCUGUACGCGCCAAAACUCUUGACGGCCAUUUUACUGCCGACGGCUUUUAUAUACGAAAAUAUUGACGUCAAAGUGAACAAAAAAAAAAAAAAAAAAAAAAAAAAAACGACUCGUUUGAUUCUCUAUAAUCCGUAUGUACGUCGCGCAAUAGCAUAUAACGUACCCGUCGUACGGUGUUCGGGGUUGGAUUACUAUUGCCAACGAAAACCCGUUUAUGCAUUUGGCCGCCGAUAUAAUAAUAACAUUAUUAUAAUAUGCGCCGACCGCAGAAGAAAAAAGGGGAAAAACUAACGGCGCGCCAACGAGGGUUAGUCGCUCGCCGCGGGGAUGUGCCGUGUGAGAGGGGCGGGCUCGUGUGUACACCGAAACACAAAUUGACUUUUCCAUUAACGCGAAUCGCAUUAUUACGAUUAUUAUACGCAUACACACACACACACACACACACAUUCACACACGUUGAAUUAUGAUAAUUUGAUAAUAUCGUAUGUGUGUUAUCUUAUGUAUAGGUAAACGCCGCCGCCACCGCAGCGUAAUAUAUUUGUGCGACGUGAUGUUUGGAUAACGGCACGAGGCGAGCGCGCGCGCGCUCACGUCCAUCGUUACCCUCGAGAGGUUUUCUGACGUGUCGCGGUGAAAAAAAAAAUACUUAAAAAAUAAUAAUAAUAAAACAAAUAAUAAUAUUAAAUACGCGCUAGGUAAACGGAUACGUGUGACUUAACGGUUCGGAGAUUCCCGAAACGCACGUGCGGCCAGUGCGUGUAAACGCCGGCGUCGACUACGGGAACCGCGGUGACGCGCGACCGCGACGUGUGCGACUCGUCGACGAUGGUUUUUUUUUUUUUUUAUAGAGGGUAAACGAGUUACGCACGAGGGCGAGGAAAUACAUCGCACGAUGAGUACCUAUUUUUUUUAUUUUUUUUUUCACUAUUAUUAUUAUAUUUACGCGUCAUAAUCGUCGUGCUCCCGACCCCACGCAAAUAUUAUAAUAAUAUAUAAAAUACAUACAAUACACGAGGGUGGCGGUGGCGGCCGCCCUCGACCACUACACAAAUAUAAUAUACCAGGUGAUCCAUUUAAGUGGGUACACUCAUUAUCUCGGAAUGUAUUAACUUUUUCCGGAAUUUGUUUUCUGAAACAUUCUAGGAAACAAACUGCUCUACAAUUUUAUAAUUGUAUUAUUUUUUUUUUUUUUUUGUCACCUUUAUUUUUGAGGGUGAAAACCACAACCUACUUUUGAUUUUCAAACGAUAACCUAUACUAAAAAGUCCAUAAAUAUAUGUAGAUGGAGUAUUGAUUAAAAUAAAUUUUAGUGUUGACAUUUUUGAUUUCUGUCUAAGCCGUUGACGAGAUGUUCCAUUUUUAUGUUUGAGUUGGAGGAGAGUAGUGGAGUAUUAUUUGUGUGACGGUAUGGCGCGUUGCGUGUUAAUAAUGUACCACUUUUCCCCUCCAGUCUUAUUCUAAUAUUUUAUUCUUAAUCUAAUUUUAAGAGGUUUCAGAAGGUUUUACGCAUUUCGCGAAACAAAAGAACCUAUCCUUGUGUUGUUGGUCCAAACCUGAUAAUGUGCCGAUAAGGUAUAAUGCCCGCCUAAGCAAAAACGCCGUAAGUCAAAAAAAAUUGAAAAACGAGUUAUAUACAUCAAACAAAUCGUAAAAUUCAGACGUUUUAGAUCAAUAUGUCUGAAAUAUUAUUUUAUAAAACGAUUAUUAGUAAUAUUGGUUUAGAUCAAAUGCCGUAAAUGGUCGAAAAACACAUUUAUACUAGGUAAAAAUGCCGUAAAAUAACCACGCUAAGCAAAAACGCCGCAUAUAUUAAUGAAGAUACGACAUUUUUGCUUAGUAGGGUUAUAUAAUAAUAAUUAUUAUUUGCGGCGUUUAUACUUGGCACAAAUUGUCGUUUAACUUAUUGUAAUAUUAUAACCAAAAAAUCGUCAGAAUAUAAUAAAAGUUAAUAUAAUAAUACAGAAACUUUACAAAUGAUACAGUAUCAGUUAGUUAUUGUUAGUUAUUUAUACGAUUACCCAUGGGUUCUAUUCACGAGUUUGUUCAAGUAAAGUUCUAUAUACCAAUUAUACUAAGGAUCAACGUAAAAAUUUAAGUACUUCAUAAUUUAUUUAUUUUGAUUCCAUUUCAUUUAUCAAGUAAAAUACCGUAAUAAUACCCUAAUCCUCCGCGCAUUGAUAAAUCCUAAUUAUAUGCCACAUGUUGAUCUAUUAUAUUAUAAGAUACCAUAUCUUUUCUCGACGUCUUCUCUCUGGUUUCGGCAACGGGUACUUGUAGUUCUACCGUAAGGGUUAUUUUUCUAAAAAAAAAAUCCACUUUCCAUUUCACCGUGACCAUUUCUCCAUCACCUAAAUAUUCAGCCGUUACAAGCGUACGAGUGCAGCGCUGAGUCGUCAUUUUUUUUUUUGUUUUUCGUCUUUUCGAUAUAAUAUUGUUUUACCGUGGACGUGCGUCCGUUGUCGUCGGGAAAAAUAAAACGUGGUUAUAGGUCGAUAUGAAAAAAUAUUAAUUUUUUAUUAAUUUCGUUGUGUUCCGAAAGUGACGGCGACGGCAGCGUGUAUCACGCCAUUUCGAUUAUACAUUUUCCCGCGUAAUUUAUUUAUGAUUUUCACGUCCACCGCAUACACUUGUAUAAUAUUAUGUACAUAGGUAUACUGUACUAUAUCAUAGGUACCUAUAAAUAUAGGUAUAUAAGUAUCGAAUAAGAAACGAUGAAAGAGGGAGGGGGUGGGGAAGUACAUAUUAUAAUACACUUGUGUGCGCGGUGACGAGGAGUAAGUGGAGUAGGCGAGGGUCGAGUAAGAAGGACUUUUUUCCGCGUGUGUACACACAAAUUAAGGGGUGCCCUAUACGAUUACACACAUACACACGCGCGCACACACACACAAAGUGUGCAACACCACGUGCUUUAUAAUAUACUCUGUUAUUUUCUCUUGUAUAAUUGUCACCGACUACGACGGCGGUGGCGGCUGUUUUUUUUUCUUCGCUAGUAAAAUCGAACAAGAGCGUAUACGGUAUUUGGCCCCGUAAAUCAAACGUCCUUAGGAAAAUAAUAAUAAAAAAAAAAAAAAAAAAAACAUUUAUUGACUAGACUUUUUUUUUACAAACCCUCGUGUGUGCGUAUUAUUUAAAGUAAUAACGGGAACGGAUAACGAUUUACCGCGUACCUAUACGUAAUAUCGUAAAAUAAAUUACAAUAAUUUACACUAUCGCCGAAAACGCAGUGUUCGAAAUCUGUUAUAGCGACGACAUAAUUACACUGCGUAGUAUACACGACAACCGGUAUAAAUAGAACGCAGUGGGUACCUGUGGAUGGAUUCCACACAUACGUAAUUGGCGUAAUCGUAAAUCACGCUGAAAACUAUAAGAAAAACCUGUCGUUUUGAACGUAAACGUGGUAAUAUUCAAUACGUUGAUUACCGCAUUGGUAGAAUAAUAUAGACCCUCCGUAUAUAUCACACAGGUUAGGUUAAAACCUUAACUACUAAAACCGUAAUAAUAAUAAAUAAUAAUGAUAUGUAUGGAGUGUAGCGCACGCAGGAUUUUUUUUCGGGAGGGGUUUUGUUUGUAGUAAUUUUCUGUAGAGGGGAUAGCACAUAUUAUAAUUUAGUAUACUAUCACCAUAAUAUCAUUACCGAAUAAAUUAUUUUUGAUGAAAUUCAAUUUUAUUUUAUUCUGUGGUAUAAGAUGAUAUUAUACUGUUGAAUGUAAAACUUGAUUUGAAAAAAUGUAAUAAAGGAAGACAUUUAGGAGAGGGUUUUGACCCUCUAACCCCCCCCCCCACAUCCCCCCACUCUGUAUGUAUGUGAAUAUUAUUAUCUAUAAUAUCGAAUCGUUUAUUGUUUAUAGUGGCGUACCAAUCGUUUGUUAUUUUCGUGACCGCUUGCUUAUUUAAAUAAUAUCGUAUUGUGUCGGCUGUUGCGCGACAUAAAAAAAAAAAAAAACCGACAUGUAUAUUAUACUCGGUUUUAUAUUAUCAUAUUUAAACGUCCGAAACGUGUUCGGCGGAAAUACGAACGUCGAACAAGCUCAUUCGGUCGCCGGGGUGGUGCCUAUUGUACGAGUAUCAUACUUAAAACCGGUGUGAAAUAUUUACGACAUUCGGACGUUCGGUUUUUUUUUUCUUUUUGCGCCGGCCACGACACAAAGCGGGACAAAUUUUUAAAAAAUGCGGGAAAUCACCAAAAAGUCACUAGGUGAGUCGCACGGAAAUUUGUACCGAAAUAUAGUACAUUAUCAAUAUGACAUAUCGUACCCCUAAAACAACUGUACUGACACAAUUCAAAAAAUACGAUUGUCGAAUUAGUUUGAAAUACCUUUAAACAAAAACAUUUAAUUCUCCGAAUCGCCACAAAAAAAAUAAAAAACACUCUUGACCAACAUAUUAUGUAGGAGAGGGGGCUACGCCUCGGGACCCAUAAAGAUCACAUAUUAUACUAUGGAAAGUAAAUAAAACAUUUUUUUUUUUUUUGCUUAUUUGAUCUCUCGGGCACCCAAAACUCUUAAUAUCCGGUCCGUGUAUGUAUUGCAAUAGUAUCAAGGAUGUUCAUUGGAGGGUUACAAUUUUCAAUCCCAUUGACCUCUAAAUUCCAUCAUUUGAUUGUAAGUAGUAUAUCGGUGGUAUAGUAUAUACUUUAUAGUAUAAUAUUCUAAUAUGGUAUAGUUGGUAUUCCAUUAUUUAUUAUAUUACAAAGAAUAUUUCUGUAAUAAAGAUAUGUAGGAGGGAGGAGGGAAUUCAAUUAUAGUGACAUGAGUUUUGCUAUUCACGAGUAUUUUUUUUUUUUUUUUUUUUAAUGUUAAAAUUGCUAUUUGCCAUUUUGAAAAAUGAAAUGUUCUUAAAAGGUUUUUACAUAGCACUGGUGAUAAUAAUAUUAAUAAUAAUAACACUUUCAAAUUAACGGUGAAAUAUGAGCAUACAAAUGACAGGGGUGGAUGUUAAAGUUGAAACCCCCAAAAGGCACACGUCCUCGAUUAUAGUAUUAAUGUCAUGCAUACUUAUAUAAAAUAUCAUCCUCCUGACUUCGUUUACCAGGACGGUUCUGUAUCUGUAGGGGUGUUCAAAACUAAAAAAACAACAUUAAUAUUGAAAUUUAAUCUAAUUUUUAGAACGCAUUAAUUACUUUGGUUAGAAAAAUAAAAAAAAGGUUAUGGUCGAUUUGCAUUCAAGUUACACGUAGGUAAUAGUCAAACUACACUUAGGCCAAAAAUACAUUUCAACAAAAAUAUUCAAACCAAAAAAACUUAAUUUUAAUGUUUUAUAAAAAUAAUAGAAUAGAAGAAAAAGAAAAUUUCACUUCAUAUUUAUUAUUUAUAAUCGUUGGCGAGAUUAAAAUUAAUUUUUUAUAAUAUUAUAUAUCAUUAAAAACCAUCCUUUGAGUUUGUUCGAGCAUUACACUUUUUUGAACCCAAGGGAAACUCGACUAUUUAUUAAAAUUGUACUAUUCUCCGCACCCACGGAGUUUGAACUCCCUCCGGACCAAAUAAGUCACUAGUAGAAGUGUCCAAAAGUAGCGGGAAAAAGACACAGUGAAAAAGUCUCUGGGGAGUAAGUCCAACAAAAGAUCACAUAUGAAAGUCGUCGCAGCGUUUCAAACGUUAUUUGUAUUAUUAUAAAAAAAAAAAGUUGGGAAGAGGGAAAAUUUAAUGUAUAUUUGUUAGCAACAAUUAAAAUUAUCCCUAACGUAAGAACGAUUCUGAGCGUAGUUCAGUUGCUAGUGUUGCUUUGUCAACAAUGUCUAUGUCAUACUAUGGUAAAAUAAUUACAUAAUAUGUAUUAUAUAUAUUCUUUAAUACAAUUUUAAUAAUAUUGUACCUAUUUUCCCGUUUUUCCCGGUUUUCCCGUGUUUUUCCCCGAAUUUUCUCAUUUAUUAGGAAAACUCCUAAAAAAAACCAAUAAAUGACUUCUCCAGUCCGAUUUCCUUUUGGAAAAGGCGUUACGCUUAGAAACCGGAACAAGAUUUCUGGUAGAAAAGUUUGUCUACAGAAAAAAAAAAAAUUGAAAAAAUAAACACCAUUGUAUUAGACCAUAGACUUCUUCGACCCACUCAGAAUCUAAAACCGCGCAAACGAAGCGAAAUACGCCGAUUUUCGAGGGAUCUACAGAAUUAAAAUUUCGGAUUUCGGAUUUACUCGGACGUCAACAAAUCCGGAUUUUUCCCAUGGCUACCUAAAUAAAUUACAAUAUUAUCGAUAGGGGCAACUGUGUAAGUAUACGUAUUAUGACGCGUGAUACCUACUUUUAAACCGCUGUACUAAAAUAUACUGCAUUACAUAUUAUCUGGUAUAAAGGCACCACACAUCAGUUCAACAGUUGUACACUUUCUAUGUACAGCUGUUGAGCCGUGGAGCCAUGUGUCAAUAACUGCAUAGCCUGUACUCGCGGUAUAUUAUUAGGUAUAUUGUAAUAUUAUUAUGCACGCGUAAAGUACACAUAACCGUGACGGUGUCGUUAUUUAAUUUAUAGUCCUUAAUAUUUUUAUUGUGUUCGACGGCGAGCGAUUCGAUGUAUGGCCACAAACGUAUAGGUAUGAUAUUAAAAUAGCGGUUGGAAGUAACGCGGCAUUUAUUUUUUUCGAUUUUUUUACCGACACUCAGUAGCGAACUGCUUUAUUUUCGGUAAGUAGGGUUAAAAUUUUGACGAAAAUCACGACACGUCGCGACAUUUCGAAACGUAACCGUAUUUUGUUCAGAACCGUAUUUCGUCAUCCAACGAUUUAUGCCGACUUUCCGGCAAAAACAGUUGCGCGCCCAUUUUGGUUUUAUUUAUUUCGAAAACGUUUUUUUUUUUUUGUUUAUUUUAUAGAAUAUCGAAACAAAAUUAUGAACUACCCUUAUUACUUAAUUGAUGUUAAAUUUCAUGAUGAAUAACAAACAUAGCGACAUUCCUCUUGUUUUGACUGACUAGUGUGUAAUAUUGUGCUGCCAUCAUCGAAGUCGGAACAAAAUUGUAGGUUUAUAAUAUAUAGUGGACAAACAGACAAUAUUUCAUAUUUAUAUAUCGCAGGUGCCGGUAAAAAAGGUGUUAAGUCACCAAAUUGUGAAAAAUGAGUUAUUUAUACCGAUAAAAACCCUAAUAAAUCUCUAUUUUUCGUGUAAAUAGUGUCAAGUCAAUUUUUCCAAUAUAUGAACGCGUUAUUUCAAUAUGGAUUUUUGUAAAGGUCAUGAUUUUUUCGUUUUUCACGAGUUUCAAGUUCUGUCGCCAUACUGCGAUAACUUAAACUAUAUAAGACACAUUUUAAAAUGCACCGUGUGUAAAAAAAAAAAGUUAAGCAAACAUUUAAGUUAUGUUUCCUGAAUCUAGAGUCAAUAACGUUAAGUCACGGAAAAGUUAUUGAAAUUAACGGGCAGUUUUUAUUCUAUAAAUUGAUUGAGAAUAAAAAAAGCAGGCAUAUUUUGAACAUUAAAACACAACAAAUCCGUUAAACAAUACACAGCACAACACGUCAUGGAGUACUUCCAACCACUUUUUUAAUAUCAUGCACAUACGCUUGUCGCCGUAUAUCGAAUCGUUCGUCGUCGGAACACAUUCUGAAACAUCGACACCCCUUUCACGUGCACCCGCAUUAUAAGAUUGCCUAGUACUUCGGACGAACCGCCACCGUUGGAAAUAUGAUAGGGGGAGACGGCCGAGGACGUUUGUGUGAGCGUCUCGUUUGCUCCCCUAAGCGUUUUUCAUUGGCCAUUUACGCCCAAAACAUGUGUGGCUUCACAUUUAGACCGUCGUUAUAUUACUGUAUGCGUUUUAUCGAAAACGUAAUUGUUAUUGUGGACACAGUGGAAUCAUUAGUGUAAUACGCGGUCCGUGAAAAGGCGUUAAAUACACACGUUUUGAAAUCUGUCUUGUAUAUCGGCGAGAGAAAUAUACAUGUUUUGGAACAACUCUUGUAUGCAGCGUACCUGCAUAAUAGUAGAAAAAAAGUGCAUACAAUAAUAUGUAACGCCAUGAUGUUACCGGGGGGUGGGGGAGUGGGGGGAUUGGCUGAGAUGACGACUAAUAAUAAUAUAAUAUUGUGAUAUUGUGUAAUGAGGGAGGGGACCCCCGGAGCCGAUUUUCCGAAAUGUCUCCGUGUAAAGACAAGACGGCCGUUUUCAUGGACGAAAAUGACUUCACGGGGCUGUACAGGGAUAAUAUUCACUAUCGACAGAAUAUUUUCAAGUUGAUAAAACGCGCCAUUUUACAGAUAAAAACAAAAAACGGGUUUUUAUUUUCGUUAUAUUUGACGUGGCGUACAAUUUUAAAACAACGAAAUUUACAGGGGGGUGUGAGCUCUAUAUAUAUAUAUAUAUAUAUAUAUGUGUGUAUAUGUGUUCACCCCUAUUUUAACCCUCUGGCGUUAUAUAAUACGCGUGCACACGUAUUAUUAUUAUUAUGUUACAAACAUAUACGUAUAUUACGAUCGCACUGCAAUUAUAUUAUAUAGAAAAAAAAAAAAUACUUACGUUUUUUUUUUCGUUGGCCUUCUCCACGUCGUCGAACAGGCGAGAAACCGCACAAGUGCGUGGUGUGCUGCAAGGCGUUCAGCCAGUCGUCCAACCUGAUUACGCACCUGCGCAAGCACUCGGGCUACAAGCCGUUCCCGUGCGGACUGUGCGACAAGGCGUUCCAGCGGAAGGUGGACCUGCGCAGGCAUCGCGAGAGCCAGCACCCCGGGUCGCCGGCCCAACAGUAUCACAUCAGCAGUACGACGGCCGCGGUGGCCGACGGGCCGGCCGCCGCCACCGCCGCUGUCGCUCCCGUCGUCCAGGCGGCCGGGUCCACCCGCGGCGGCAGCAGUGUCGCGGCCAUCGUCGGCGGCGGCGGCGGCGGCGGCAGCAGCAGCAGCAGCUAG